GUGCGGUCGUGCUUGUUUCGUUUCGUAUUUUUUGCCGUGUGUAAUAGCCAGCACAGUGUCGUUCGAUUGUUGUGAGUUGAGCAACAGUGCACGGGAGCUGAUUAAUAGGCUCCUUCGAUUCCUUUUGUAAAUAACUACGAGUCGUAGUGGUGUAUCCUGAUAUCUAAGUAUCGUCCGUCACUCUACUAAAGGGGUUUAUUGCUCCGGACGAGAUGGGCACUCGGGAUGACGAAUACGAUUAUUUAUUUAAAGUUGUUCUUAUUGGUGACUCUGGAGUAGGAAAAAGUAAUCUGUUAUCACGAUUUACGAGAAAUGAAUUCAAUUUGGAAUCAAAAUCAACUAUAGGAGUUGAAUUUGCUACGCGUAGUAUACAAGUAGAUGGAAAGACUAUCAAAGCUCAGAUUUGGGACACAGCAGGACAAGAACGUUAUCGUGCUAUUACAUCUGCGUACUAUCGUGGUGCAGUCGGAGCUUUGUUGGUAUAUGAUAUUGCAAAGCAUCUAACGUAUGAAAAUGUGGAAAGAUGGUUGCGGGAAUUACGGGACCAUGCUGACCAAAACAUUGUCAUUAUGUUGGUGGGAAACAAAUCUGACUUGAGGCACCUACGUGCAGUUCCAACUGAUGAAGCAAAAGCAUUUGCGGAGAGAAAUGGCCUGUCUUUCAUUGAAACUUCUGCUUUAGAUUCUACGAACGUUGAGACAGCAUUUCAAAAUAUAUUAACAGAAAUCUACAGAAUCGUAUCGCAGAAACAGAUACGUGAUCCACCCGAAGGUGAUACAAUCCGGCCACAAAACGUAGAAGCCAUCGACGUGAAGCCAACAAUGAAUUCAGAGGGAAUGCGUAAGCAGUGCUGCCAGUGACUCACCUUGCUGCUUAAAAUAAGGACAUACAAAGAGGCAGAGGCGAAAAGAAAAGUGGUCGACGGUAAACGUAACAGGUGCAUACAGUACAAGAGUCAAGACUAUUUACGAAUAUAAGUAUACACAUGACUAAAAUGGUUUCCCAAAUAAUCCGGCGUUCAGGCACACGAAGUAUACACAGGCUCUGUCGCUUUUAUGAAAGUGGAUAAUAUUACAGUAGACGGAGCGUGCCUCUGUGGGCCGUACUUAAAAGAGUAUACUUUUACAUCUUUGCUCUCGAGAGUCGCUUGAAACAUAUGUAUACUACAAUGCACUACUGAUUACUCCAUUACGAUCAUGACGGAAUGAAUAGACUUUUAUUAUUCGUGCUCCUGCUGCUGCUGAAAACGCAAGGAAAAAAAAUAAGGUUAUACAAAUUUAUCACUCAAGUUCCUUCGGAUUAUUUGGGAAAGAGAUCUACUAUAAUCUCUCCGCUAGAAAAAAAAAAUUGAUGAGGAUCGAGGAAAAUCUAGCGACACGUAUACACAAUAGCUGGAUAUAAAACCAUAAACACGAUCGUGCAACCCAAAAUACAUCAUUAGAAAUAUUUAC